ACAUGGCGGCCAGGGGAGGGGCGGGCGGAGGCCCGGCAGGCAGCGGGCCCCGCCGCCCAGCGCGCCAUGGCAUGGCGGGACCCGUCGAUCGCCGCAGACGGUCGGUGGCGGUGCUGGCGCUGUCUCUUCUGUGCUUCCUGCCGCGGGCGGGCGGUACCACCCUUCUAGCGCCUGCAGGCACCUGGCUUGGGGAGGAGGAGGGCGGUGGUCAGGGCGGCCCUCAGUGGGAUGGAGGCGGCCGGCAGAAAGAAGCGGCGGCAGCCCUCAGGGAAAGUGCUAAAAGAAUUAGAUUGCUGAAUUCAUCAUCAAAAGAUAAUACAACUGCUCUCUAUGGAAUAAAUCAAUUUUCUCACCUGUUUCCUGAGGAGUUCAAAGCGAUUUAUUUAAGAAGCAUACCUCACAAACUUCCCAGAUACAUAAAAGUGCCAAAGGGAGAUGAAAAACCAUUGCCAAAGAAGUUUGACUGGAGGGACAAGAAAGUCAUUGCAGAAGUGAGAAAUCAGCAAGCAUGUGGAGGCUGCUGGGCUUUCAGCGUUGUGGGUGGUAUAGAGUCUGCCUAUGCAAUCAAAGGAAAUAAUCUGGAAGAGCUCAGUGUACAGCAGGUUAUUGACUGUUCAUACAAUAAUUACGGCUGCAGCGGGGGAUCCACUGUUAGUGCCUUGAGCUGGCUGAACCAGACAAAAGUAAAACUCGUGAGAGAUUCAGAAUAUGCUUUUAAAGCUCAGACAGGACUCUGCCAUUAUUUUGGUCGUUCAGAUUUUGGAGUUUCAAUAACAGGAUUUGCUGCAUAUGACUUCAGUGGUCAAGAGGAAGAAAUGAUGAGGAUGCUUGUUAACUGGGGCCCUCUGGUAGUAACAGUAGAUGCGGUUAGCUGGCAGGACUAUCUUGGUGGGAUCAUACAAUAUCACUGCUCCAGUGGAAGAGCAAAUCAUGCUGUUCUUAUCACUGGUUUUGACAGAACAGGUAGUAUCCCUUACUGGAUUGUACAGAACUCUUGGGGGGCUACAUGGGGAAUCGACGGCUAUGUUCGUGUUAAGAUAGGCAGCAAUGUCUGUGGUAUAGCAGAUAUAGUUUCAUCAGUAUUUGUUUGAUACUUACUGACCAAAGACCACAAGUAUCAUUUGGACACCCACUGUAUAUGAAGAUUUACUUCUAUAUUUUCUGAAAGAAGAUGCUGCUGUAAGCGCAAAUCCUGCUUUUAGAAAGUACAGGCCUUGGUUGGCUGGAGGUUUUUAAUACGUGUUCAUUUGGAAUGUGUGUUGCGCAUCAAAUCUCUCACAGAGUAAGAAGACUCAGAAUCAGUGGCAGAGCAAUGCAAAAAGAAGUGACAAAGAUGGACUGAAACAGCAAGUGUGAGCUCUGUCCAGGUGUUGAAUGCUACCUUGUAAAUAAUGUUACAAGGAAAGAAAUGAUGACAAAUGAUAAGGAAUUUGGAUCAGAUGAUCCAUAAUAUGACAGAGCAUAAUUGAUACGCUUUGAAUAUAAGAACUGUGGUUAGGUCUGCUUUUAUUGGGCAGGGAGGAAGGGCAGUUGAAAGAAAAUUAUUGUCUCAGUUACAUUUUGGUAUUUGUCUUGGCUUUUCUAGCACCUCUGACAGACAAACAUACUGUGUCUUCCUCCUUAAAGAGAAAGAGAGGAUUUCACAAAACCUAGAGGAAUAGAGAGGGGAAAUGGACAGUAAGUUUCCUGAGCACUCAGUGUCACUGAGGUGCUGCAGUCUUUCUGUUUCAGUCUUCAGCCCUUUAUUGGGUAACUAUAACUUCAAAGCUCUUCUGAACAGGGAGUGUGUUUUGAAAAGGGUCUGGAAUAUCAGAGUCUUUGGCAUUUGUUCCUUAGAGGGAUAAAAAAGCAAGAAGUAAAUGUGUUUAGAUAAACGGGGCAGUUCUAGUGGUUUAAUGUCUGUCUUGGCAAGAAGUGUUUGCAAAUUAUUAUUUCUGUGCUUUGGGAGCUGUACCAGUACCCUGCCAUCUAUCUCUCUUCCCUACUUCACAACUAACAGUGAAGUCAGUUGCAAAGCAGGAAUUUGAAAACUUAUUUAUUCUAGAAAAAAGUGUGAGAGUAGGGUUUGUUAAUAUAUACUUGCCACCUUUAGAAAGUCAGCAGUUACAGAAUACGCCAAAUAGAGUGGAUGUUAAAUUUUCCUACAUUAAUUAAAUCCAUGGGUGGGAUUUACUGGGAAUCAGAAAGGGGUUCCAGCUUUGCUAACCUGCAAAACUGCAGUUGCAGGCGAAUUUAACUAGAAUUCAUGACCAAACACAAAAUUCUAAAAUGCUCUGAGUCUUCUACCUAGAAUGCUUUACAUGUAUCUUCCAUGAAGCACUCCUGUGAAAAGUACUGAAGCAGUUCCGUAGCUUUUGCACUCAAUUACCAUGUUCAUAAGUCAGUGGAUUAGAACCUUUUGGUGACAAAUGCAGUGAGUGCUCUUAACUGUCUAUUCUAAGUAUUGCCAUUUUAGCCCUACUUCUAAGUGUUUAAAUAGUUUAAAUAAGAGGAAGACCAAGUGCCACGUUUCACUACUUCACCUUUCACUGCUUACUGAAUUUACUGGCUGAGAAGAUCAGAUUAACAAAAAGGGAAAUUUUCUAUAGUCUUACAGUCUUCUUAACAGUUUACAAACAACAUCUAGCACUCUUCUGUAACUGAAAAACAACAGCCAAAGUUCCUAAUUCGCAUUGGUAAGAGUAAUGUUGCAGUAGUAUCAAGCACCAGCGUUCCACCAGUGUUUUUAAGGUGGUACUGCCAGGUAUAAGUACCUGAAGAGCUAAGAUACAGAGCAGCUGGCCAGAAAUUAAGGCCUACAGCAUAUGUGUAUUUUCAAGGGAAGUAUUUAAAAAGAUGAGAUUGAUUCCAUCUAAGAAGACCACACGGCCUUAUCAAUGUUCUGUGGACAAAUUUGCCUUUUAUCGUGCAUCCAUUUUAUCCUUACUUCAAUGAUGAUUUGAAUAAAAAACACUUCAAAUGCCUGUCA